GUUUCAAGUCCCAUUCAAGAACAAGUCAAAGCAGAGAGUCAUGUAGCCCUUGUUUUUCUCUUCCACUAUCUGUCUUUUUUCUUAGUAAAAUUGGUGUUGAGUGUUGACUUUCAUCUACCCCAUUUCAAAUACACUAUGGAAUCCACUAUAAGCAAACUAGCACACUUCUCUUCUCAAAAUCAUGUGAAUUAACCAUCUUUCAAACCCCCAACAAAUUCAUGAAUUUAGCUAACAUGGAUUCCCUUUCACCAGCAAUAAUUACAGGCUUUACAGCCAUAGCCAUAGCUCUAGUCCUUCUCUACAACAUAAGAAGGGUGAAGAAAAAAUCUAGCAACAAAAUCAAAGGCCUAAAACCGCCAGAACCACCAGGUGGUUUACCUUUGAUAGGUCACCUCCACCUACUAGGAAGUCAAACACCCCUUGCAAGAAUCUUUGCUUCUUUGGCAGAUAAACAUGGUCCAAUCUUCCAAAUCCGUCUAGGAGCAUAUCCUGCUCUUGUUAUUUGCAACCAAGAGGCAAUCAAAGAGUGUUUCACCACAAACGACAAAGUCUUGGCCUCACGUCCAAAGUCAAGCCAUGGAGUCUACCUUGGUUACAACUUUGCAGGGUUUGGAUUUGCCUCUUAUGGUGCUUAUUGGAUCAAGUUGAGAAAACUAACCAUGCUUGAAUUACUCUCUUCUCGCCGCCUUGAAUCACUAAGGCAUGUUUAUGAAUCCGAGAUUGAUACUUUGAUCAAGGAUCUAUCUUUGUAUGUUGGAGGUGUUGGACUUGGAAGUGCAGACCCAGAAUAUACACCUGGAGGCAAAAUUUUGGUUAAGGUUGUGAUGAAUGAAUGGUUGGAGCGCCUAUCCUUCAACAUAAUCACAAAGAUGAUUGCGGGGAAGAGGUACUUUGAGUACUUGCAAGAUGUGGAUGAUGAAGAAGCACAUGGGAUUGUGAAGCUUAUGAAACAGUUCAUGCACAUAUCUGGGGAGUUUGUUCCCUCUGAUUUGAUUCCACUUCUUGGAUGGUUUGGUGUGCAAGGACAUGUGCUUAAAUCAAUGAAGCGAAUUGGGAGAGAUUUGGACAUGCUUGUUGGAAGCUGGGUUGAAGAGCAUAAGAGCUUUGAUCGCGUGAACAUGCCGAGGGAGGAACAUGAUUUCAUUGAUGUCAUGCUGGGUGUGAUUGAAGAUGAUCCUGCUUCUGGCCAUACCCGUGAUACUAUCAUCAAGGCAAAUAUUAUGAAUCUAAUGUUAGCGGGAUCAGACACAACAUCCACAACAAUGACAUGGAUCCUAGCCAUAUUGUUGAAAAAUAAGCACGCUUUGAAGCGUGCACAAGAGGAGAUUGAUCAUCAUGUAGGUAGGAACAGAAGGGUGGAAGCCUCAGACAUAAAAAACCUGGUUUAUCUUCAAGCCAUUCUAAAGGAAACACUGAGGUUAUACCCACCAGGGCCUCUAUUGGUACCCCAUGAAGCAACAGAAGAUUGCAAUAUUCAUGGCUAUUAUGUGCCAAAAGGAACACGUGUGUUUGCCAAUGUAUGGAAACUGCAUAGAGAUCAAAGCAUUUGGUCAGAGUCUGAGAAGUUUUCACCUGAGAGGUUUAUCAAUGACAAUGGAGAACUUGAUGAAGGUCACCAUUUUGAGUACCUUCCUUUUGGAUCAGGGAGAAGAGCUUGUCCUGGAUCUACAUUUGCCACACAAGUGAGUCUCAUGACACUUGCUCGUUUGCUUCAAGGAUUUGAUUUGGAGGUGCCAAUUGAUGAACCUGUUGAUAUGAGAGAAGGGUUGGGUAUAACCUUGCCCAAGCUAACUCCAUUGCAAAUUCUUGUGACCCCUCGACUACAAACUGAACUUUAUGAUCAGUGAUGAUGAUACAUAUUAUCUGGGACCGACCCACUCACAAGACACCCUUGUGACUUGUGAGUGAGUCGUUUGCACCCUUGAUGUGUUUAUGUGUUAGUGUUAUACUCAGUUAUGCUAUGAUCUCUUAAACUUUUGAGCUUUUCAAGCAUGUGAAAGUCCAUAUCUUAUAGAAAUCAUUUUUAACA